AUGGCCUGUAUACAGAUUGUUGAAGAGGAUGAGGAUGAUCCUUCCGUUCUGGAGUUGGGCGGUGAAGCCCUGUCUCCCUUGCAAGCCGGCCCUGGCCUUGAGAUUGACUGGCAUGAGCCACCUGCUCCGAGUGAUUUUGUUGUAGUUGAUCUGGAGUCGGGACAGACAGAACAGUCCCAGAAGGACCAGCUGGGAUGGAGUGCCGGAGUCAAUGUGGGUGGCUAUGUGUCUCAGCGGCAGGCUCUUCUUGCACAAGGGCAGGUCUUGCUGACAAAUGUAUACUUGAACCUUGCAAAGCUGCCCCGGCACUUACUUCAGCAGAUCUGCCAGAAACUUCCUUCCUUGCCUUCUGUGUCAGAUGAUGUUCGGCCUUUAGCAGCGAAAGCCGCUUCUCGGCUGUUGAGACUGCCUGGGAAUACCGUCAGUUUUGUGUUCCACAAGGUGAAGAAUGCUGGGUGGACUGUCCUGGGGAGGGCAGCAGCAGAUGAUGUUCCAGACAAGGAGGACGACCGAGUGGAAUCCAAGGAGGAACACCGCAAGAGAGUCCUCACACUGCUUGUUCGUGAGGCCAUCCACAACUCUUGUCACGCACGGCCAGACGAUGAAUUUGUCCAAUCGCUGCAGAAACUCCGGUUAUAUUCAGUGGACGUUGGCGAGAAGUUCGCGUCCAAAAAGGUUCUGAGACUCUGUGAAUUUGUAUCCGCAAAAUUCUUUGAGUUUCUGCAAGCGGAUGCCCUCUUCAAGAAGUUGCCCGGCCUUGGAGUUUUAUCACCAAUCUCCAUUGUCUGUGGGCGACGGUAUGUUCUGCAGAGCAGAAACCUUUCAGGUGAUUAUGGUGUCAGCUGUGUCACCAUACACAGGCUGCCUGAAACCAUACUUCUUGGGAUGCCCAUCAGCUGGACUUUGCAGAGCACUGUGGUUCUUAGCUGUCUCGCUGGCAAAAACUUGAGUCUGGCCCAUCUUCGUGCCAGAGCUGUGGCGAUGCUCGGAGGCGACGGAGCUGUCACAGCAGGCGGCCCCUUGCAGCGUCACGCUUCGACCAGGGCUGCCAACUUUGUAGCCGAUGCCAUCUACCCCGAAUCGGUUGGUCAGCAGAACGUUGUAUGGGACCCUUUUCAUCGCUCCGAAGCUGCUUUCAAGUAUGCGCUGGAGCAAUCGGAGUUUGGGAAGGAAUUGUUUGCUGUGGCACGCGGCAUGUCGCAACAAUUCGGCUUUGGCUGUGGGCGGGUGCUGCUCAGGGCCGUCUCUGGGUUCCUGGGCGACGAAGGCGGGGAGCAGACACCAGCUGCGGCCAACAUGGGAGGGACUCGCAAAGGUGAGUCCCUGAUAUUGGUGGCAAGUAAUGUCCUGCGGAACUUCCGACGCUAUGCUAUUGGGCUGCACGCGCGUCUCGCUCGUCGAAAGGCAGGACAUGGCGCUGGAUCUCAGAGCAGUCUCCUUGUCCUUGGCCGAAGGCUGCUGGCUCCUGACUUCCUCUUCUUCACGCUGCUUUCCUCUGAUGUUAUGAACAGACAGCGUCCCUUCACCCUCGCCGUGCAAGAGCAAGAGUCGCUGCCCUGGGCAACAGAGUUGGCGUUGGCACGUAAGCAGCAGCAAGUGCUGGAAGACGUUGACUUGCUCUAUGAGAUCCGUAGAUUGAUUGCGGAUUUGCAGCACUUAAUGAGGGCCAUGCGCUUUAGCAAAAUGGGCCGCAGAUUCCCCCAGACUAUGCGACAUUUCUUCGACAUUCUGGUUCUGCGUCAGUUUCAGGCAGUGGACCUUCAAGUCUUUACGAACCUGGCUGCAAACACAAUUUGCGUCACCCCACGCUGUUGGUGCCGCAGCCGUCGUUCAAAAGAGCGUGAGUAUGUGCCGGUGCCACUGACCUUCAGACGGCGGAAGCGCCGAGUUGCAGUUCCAGAGUGGGUUGCCUUUUCCAGCCUGAGCCCUGAGACUGCAAAGGCACAAGCGAGAUUGCGCCCAAUCGAUGUACCACUACGCUAUGAGACGUUUCCUAGACCUCCUGCGCGGCCGGCUCUUCAAGGUGUGUCUUUGUUUCGAAAACAUUUGCCAGCGUGCGAGACAUCACGUUUUGAACCAGAAGUGCAGCGACUGCUGCAACGAGCAGCGCAGGCAAAUGAUCACUUCCUGAAGGCCCUGCAUGAAUCAUAUACUGCGUACUGGACUGACAUCGGCGUGCCACGCCACUUGCAGAAGCUCCUGCCCGACAUGAGCUGCUGCUGGGACUUUGACAAACUGAUUGCUGCUGGGUCCCCGACGCAGGAACAGUAUGAUGCCUUGGAGCGCCUCAGGCUCCAUUUCAAGUCUCAGGUAGAUGCUGGCACGCAUUGGCCUGAUUUCGACUAUGUGGAGAAGUCUUGGCCAUCGCAAAAAGAGGCGCAACGCCAAUAUCGUGUCUUGCGAGCGAUCCUGACCAAACAAAAGGAACGUUGCCGGGAGAAAGUGGAGCAAUGUCAUGUUUCUUUGGUGGCGCCGCCACGCAUGCGCCUGCGCCUUUUGACCGCGCUUUUCCGGGUUUCAAAGUCAUGUUUUGACAGCAGUGGUGUUAUGUGCAUCAUCGACACCAUCUGCCGGAUGUUGGUUCAGCCUGCUGAGGAGGCAACGUUUGCAGUGCGACCACAGUGCUUGGAGUGCUGGCACGGGGAGCCACAGGACCUUCUCGAGGCUGGAGAGUACGUCAAAUUGGUGCGGGGACCCUUUGCCAAAAGAUGGGCACUUGUAGUUCAUGUUAUCUCCAUUGCUACACCAAUGUCAAUAUGA